AUGCAUGGGCCAUCAUCCGGUGGCACCCUCACAGUACCCAAAAACUGUGUGGCUUCCCUUCUGCUCGCGCCUUGUCCACCCCUUGCUCCAUUCUCGUAGCAUGCCUCCUCAUGCUUUGCUUUCCCGUUUGCGUCAUUCCUUCUUCAAGCAUUUUUGCAUUCUCCUUACGUUUACUUUGUUAAAAAAAAUAGGAUAGCUCUCACCAAUUCCCCCCUUCCAGUUGAUGCAUCAUUCUACCGUGUGUAUUCUCGAUGGAGUUUCCAGGGUAGGGUAAGAUUUCCAUUUCCACGGGGAAGAGGGAGGAGUGAAUCAUUGUUGCUCAAUCUCUCUUUCCCGUAUUCCUCAGUUUCAUUCUUGUUAUCAUCGCAACUUCAACUGGAAGGAGGAGCAGAAGAUCUUUUUGUUGAUUCAGGAAGAAGAGGAAAAGUUGGUGCAACAACUUGUAUCAUUCAAAUGGUUUCUUGAUUUGAGAAAAGGGAAGGCUUGCAAAAUCUGAAGCAUGGAGGAAAUACCAAGCGAGAAGCCAAGCGAAUCUGGAUCAAUUAAUUGCGCAAGUAGUUCAGGCAACAGCCAGGACACUCCAAAUUCAUUGGUGGAUAAAGACGAAGGCCUCAUUAUUGGGGUGGUAAACGACUUAAAGGAGGCGGGGAUGGCUGUCGAACUAAAGGAGGGGAUGGCUAUUGAGUUGAAGGAGGAGGGAGUGGCUAUUGAGCUGAAGGAGGAAGGGGCGGUGACUAUCGAAUUGAAGGAUGAGGGCGUGUCUAUCGAAUUGACGGUCGAGGGGGCAUCUACCAAAAUGAAGGAGGGGGUGGCUAUCGACUUGAAGGAGGACAGAACAGCCAUUGAACUGAAGGAGGAGGGUGCUGACUCGAAGGAGGAUGCGGCCGCUAUCGGUUUGAAGGAUGAGGAGGCGAGGAUCAAAUUGGAGGAAGAGACAAGGUUAUCCCAGAAGAGGGACUAUGAGCAGGCUAUCAAACUAAAGGGGGACGGGACAAAGCUAUUCCAGAGGCGGGACUAUGAAGGGGCAGCCUCCAUAUUUGACGAGGCAAUAAAGCUCUUGCCAAAGGAGCAUGGCGAUAUCGCCUUCCUCCACUGCAACAUUGCUGCAUGUUACAUGCACAUGAACCCUGAGGAUUAUGAACGCGCGGUUGAUGAGUGCAAUGCAGCACUGGAGGCAUCACCCAAAUAUACAAAUGCAUUACUGAAAAGGGCGCGAUGCUUUGAAGCAUUGGAUAGGCUGGAUCUAGCUUUUAGUGAUGUGGAAAAGGUGCUGAGCUUCGAACCGAACAACAUUACUGCAUUGGAGCUCUUUGAGAGUAUUAAGGAGGAGAUGGAGGAGAAAGAAAAUAUAUUGGAGGAUCAGGUUGUGUCACCAGUGGAGCAUAAGACGGUAUUUGCAAAAGAGAAGAUCAAGAGGAAAGUAUCUCGAAAAUUCAGAAACUCCAUAGUCCAGGAAGAGGUGUGGUUGAUUCAUGAUGACGAUAUCCAAGAGAAUGAUGAAGAUGACAAUGAAGAAAACUGUGAUGAAGAAAACCAUAUGAAGAUAGAUUUAAGCAAUGAAGAAAAUGACGCCAAGGAGAUGCAGUCGAGGCAUAAUCAUGAUGAAGAUAAAUGUUCCACAGAACAGAACCAUGUGAAACAUGAUGAGAACAAAGAAGGAGAAAAUCAUGAAAACCAACAACUGCAGCACACUUCUUGGGAUAUGGAAGAAAUGCAUCGCAAAGAAAUGCAGAAUCAAAACAAGCAUGAAAAUCCCCUCAAAGAGAUAAAGGUGAGAAGUGGUCAGAGUCAGCAGGAAACACACACAGCACAGAAUCAGGUCGGCGAUGUGGACAAACGUCAAAAGCACAUUGAGGAGGUACACACUACUAGUCAAAGCAAACAAGAAACUCACACUGACAUGUAUGAAAGGUUUAUCAAUGGCAACCAAGUAAAAAACUCCUUAGAGCAGCAUACUAGUCGUGGUGAGGACAAGCAGGAAAACCAAAGUGCAGUCAAACUGCCAAGUCAUGGUAGAGAUGAGCAAAAGCAUACGAGGGAGAAGAGCACAUAUGCUAACGAUGGAGAAACGAAGACUGCAAAGUUUGUUUUGGGAGAUGACAUAAGGAUUGCACUAGUUCCAGAAAAUUGUAGUCUGCUGCAAUUGAUAAACAUAGCUCGGUGUAAGUACAGUCCCCACCUGAAGGCAAUGCUUCUUAAAUUUCAGGACAUAGAGGGUGACUUGGUGACAAUUACAUCAAGUGAAGAACUAAGGUGGGUUGAAGACCUGAAGCAAGGACCAGCUCGAUUGUACAUAAAAGAAGUAAGUCCUGAGCGUGAGAUCACUAGGGACAUUGUUAUGCCCAGUAUAUCUACUGCAACGUUAGAAAGAAAGCAGAGCAUUUCUGAGUGUGGAAGUUCUAGGAUUGCAGAAGAAAAGAACUCAUCAUAUGCUGAUGACUGGAUGAUGCAGUUUGCUCGUCUAUUCAAGAACCAUGUUGGUUUUGAUUCUGAUGCAUAUGUAGAUCUCCGUGACCUUGGUACGCGGCUGUACUAUGAAGCAAUGGAAGACACCAUCACAAGCGACGAAGCUCAGGAGAUAUUUCAUGCAGCAGAGGCAAAAUUUCAAGAAAUGGCAGCUCUAGCAUUGUUUAAUUGGGGCAACAUACACAUGUCUCGUGCAAAGAAGAGAUUAUGUUUAUCUGAAGAUGCUCCAAAAGAAUCUGUACUUUCCCAGGUCAAGCGUGCAUAUGAAUUGGCAUGUGCUGAAUAUGUCAAAGCUGGAAAGAAGUUUGAAGAUACUGUGGACGUAAAACCAGAUUUUUAUGAAGGUCUUAUUGCACUUGGACAUCAACAGUUUGAGCAAGCAAAGCUUUCUUGGCGUUAUGCAGAUGCAUGCAAGGUAGACAUGGGAACUGAAGUACUGGAACUAUUUAACCGUGCUGAGGAUAAUAUGGAAAAAGGAAUGGAGAUGUGGGAGGGAAUAGAAUAUUUGCGACUAAAAGGGAUGUCUAAAUCAAAAAAGGAGAAAAUCCUACUGGACAAGUUGGGCUUGGAUGGGCACCAAAAAGAUUUAACAUCAGAUGAAGCGUUUGAGCAAGCUUCAAAUAUGCGAUCACAGCUAAACAUUUCAUGGGGUACCAUUCUUUAUGAGCGUUCAGUAGUAGAAUUCAAGUUAGGUCUUGCUAGCUGGGAGGAAAGUCUCACCGAAGCAAUUGAAAAAUUUAAGACCGGUGGAGCUUCCCUGGCAGAUAUCAGUGUAAUGAUAAAGAACCACUGUGCGAAUGAGAAAACUCAAGAAGGAUUGAGCUUCAAGAUUGAUGAGAUAGUUCAAGCAUGGAACGAGAUGUACGAUGCUAAAAAGUUGAAAAAUGGACUUGAUGCUGUCGACAUGGAUACCAGUGUUGAUGCUAACUGCAAAAGGCUGCUAACUGUUCGAAACUGUAUAUUCAUGAACUGGACCCGAUGAUAUUACCAAUUCAAGAUAGAAAAGGUGGUCAGGAUGCACUUUUUGAAGUUUACAUGAUAUUUCAGAAGCUGCACAUCUUUUUUACCUAUGCAAAUACCCCAGCUGUGUAUUAUUAGAUACUUAGGUAAUCUCAACUGUUGUAGAGAUUGAAGAGUUAAAGCUCAAUGUGAAAGUUUAUAGUUUUGGAAUGUCUGAAUGGUAUGCACUUCACUAGAAGGAUUUGCCGCUGUAACGUGCUGAUAAAUUGUGUUCAGAUCCACCAUCACCUGUGUGAACAGUACUGGGUUACUGCAGCACAGAUGGAACCUAGCAAUAGAUUAGGGAUAGGAACUUGUCUAGUUUGAAAUACAUAUUUGGUAAGGAGUAUGAUCUGAUAA